ACAUGAGCCAGAUGCAGUCUGGCUCACCUCCAGACGAGACAUGAUGACAUUUGUGGACUGAGCCAGUCGACGUGAAGCAACCAGCGCUGAUAAAGAGGAAAGAGUAGAGACUCCUCACACGCUUUUGCUUCAGCCCUGUGGCAGCCAGGGUGGGAUGAGUCGCUAGCAUGGGAACUAAAAGCUAUCAGGCCACAUCCAGGUGAAACGGGACAAUGACUUUCAAUCUCAAUUCCCUGCCAAUACACAGAUCACACCAACUUUUAAAGUCCGUCUGGGAGAUAUGCUCUUGGUGCUGGCUUGGCUCAGUCACAGGAGGAGUGCUGUUGGCCUCCAGAAGAUGGCUGUGCCGGUUCUUACUGCUAAAGCUGGUGAUGGUGCUGCUGCUCCCCCAUGGAGCAGGCAUCCCCCUGCUGGUGGGCUGUAUGUUGAGCCUGCGAGCGCUGCUGCUGCUCCGCUCCCCUCACAUCUCCACCAAGCCCUCCACUGUAUUCCUGGGCCAGCUGGCUCUCUCCGACAGUCUGGUUCUGCUGCAGUGGGUGCUGCGGCUGGGAGCGACGCUGUCCUGGUGGAUGGAGGAGGUGGGCUGUGAGGUUGAGAUGGGCCUCAUGAAGAAGGGGGAAUCGGUUUGGUGGAGGGAGACUGUGAGCGUGCUCUGUCAGCAGCUGCUUGAUGCUCACCACCUGGCCUCUCUGCUCCUGCUGGGGCUGCUGGGGCUGGAGGCUACGCUGGUGUCACGUUGGCCCCAGCAGACUCGAAACUUCAGGACCUCUCACUGGGCUCAGCUCACCUGCAGCCUGGUCUGGAUACUUGUGCUGCUAGACCUCCUGCUAUCACUACACUCAAAGAUUUUACAUAACUCCAGACCUCAGACUAACUCCUCAAAACUCCACGACUCUCAAACUUCAUAUGGGGGUUUGGGCCCCCCUCCCCCCCUUCCUGUUUUCUCCCCCUGCCUGAGGAGGAUAUUAUGGCUGGUGAAUUUAUGGCUGCAAUAUGCUGUGUUACAAUGUAAAGCACGGAGGAGAAAGAGCUCUUUAGAUUAAAAGUAGUGGCUGAAAAAACAAAUACACCUGUCAAUUCUUUGCCCUUUUUAAUAUAUUUUAUUUAUAUAAUAAAACUACAUUGAAUGUGUCUGGUGAUUAUUAUGAGUCUCUGGAUUUAUAUGUGCUUUACAUUGAGACUAUGUAACUUUAGCUGAAAAGCAGCCCCUGUGUCUGUGAGCCUGCAUCACAUCACACAGGCUCACAGACACAUGGUUUGGACUUUAAGAAAGAGUCCAAUACAGGAAAUGUGUCCCCGGUUUGAGAAUGUGUAACAUAAAAACCUGAAUAUAAAAAGCAGUAACAAUAGUACAAACUUGUAGAAUAAUAAAUGUUGUUGUGAAAUGUGACUUUAUGUGGGAUUUUCAAGCAAACGUUUACUCAGUUUAUUUACAUUUGUGAUGCUUGAGAAGUGAGCUGAUCUCACAUUUAACAGUGACAGGAUAUUAUCUGUUUCAUACUGUAAACUCACACUGUCCUCUGUUUGAGAUGGCAGAGAGCCCAGGAGAAGAUGUUAAAGUAAAAUACAACUCUCAUGAACAGAUGUUAGAUGAAUGACACUGCACACGACAACAUCUUACCUCAACAUCAUCUAUCUCAAAUGAAUGUUGCCCCUCACAAUCUCUCAUGGGUGUUUGAAAAUGUGUUCUGUUUGCAUGUCAUGUAUUUCCUGCUCACCAAUAGUUGAUAAA